UGUUUUUGCCCGCGGAGUGGAUUAAGCGCCGCCGCCGCCGCCGCCGGAGGAGGAGGAGGAGGAGGAGGAGGAUGGGCCGGCCGGCGGGGCGCCCCGACUGCCUGUGCCGGGGACUCGUGGGGCUGCUGCUCGCCCUGUGCCGGCUGGCGCCGCCGCUGCUGGCCAAGAACCUGGAGCCGGUCUCCUGGAGCGCCGCCAACUCCAAGUUCAUGUCUGGCAAGGGGCUGGUCAUCUAUCCAGAAAUUGGAGACAAACUGGACAUCAUCUGUCCGAAGGCAGAGCCGGCCAAACCAUAUGAGUAUUACAAGUUGUACCUGGUGAAGCGGGACCAAGCUGAGUCCUGCAGCACAGUCAUGGACCCAAAUGUGCUGGUGACCUGCAACAGGCCUGAGCAGGAGAUCCGUUUCACCAUCAAGUUCCAGGAGUUCAGCCCCAACUACAUGGGCUUAGAAUUCAAAAGGCACCAGGAUUACUUCAUCACUUCAACUUCCAACGGAUCUCUGGAGGGCUUGGAGAACAGAGAAGGCGGGGUCUGCCAGACGCGCUCCAUGAAGAUCGUCAUGAAAGUCGGCCAGGAUCCCAACGCUGUGAUGCCUGAGCAGCUGACAACCAGCCGGCCCAGUAAGGAAUCUGACAAUACAGUGAAAAUCGCCACGCAAAGCCCACGCAACAGACUCCCACCUGUUGUGGAGGACCCUGGGAAGCCAGACCCCGUUAACCAAGACGACCGGGACACUCACAGUCCCACGGACGGUUUCUUCAGCUCCAAAGUGGCCGUGUUUGCAGCGAUUGGUGCUGGCUGCGUGAUCUUCAUCCUCAUCAUCAUCUUCCUCGUCGUCCUCCUGAUCAAGAUCCGCAAGCGGCACCGGAAGCACACGCAGCAGCGGGCGGCGGCCCUGUCCCUCAGCACGCUGGCCAGCCCCAAGUGCAGCGGCAACGCGGGCUCUGAGCCCAGCGACAUCAUCAUCCCCUUGCGGACUACAGAGAACAACUACUGCCCUCACUACGAGAAAGUGAGCGGGGACUACGGGCACCCGGUCUACAUUGUGCAGGAGAUGCCCCCGCAGAGCCCGGCUAACAUUUACUACAAGGUCUGAGGAGCAGCCUGGGCACCCCACCAACAGAAAAGCACUAGACGAGCGAGGGGUGAGGGGGCAGCCCACCCCCACCCCACCCACACACCCCUGGUGUGCUUGCACUGCGGAGGAGAGGGCCAACGGAGUUCCCCGCGAGGCCCAGGCAGAGCGGGAGCCUCUCCCGCUCCCCUCCCCCCUCCCCUCUAGUAUUUAGUUUUGUAGUUUGGAGCUUUUGUAAUCCCAAGACUUGAGGAGGGGGGUGGGGUCGCCAGCAUCCUCCUGCCCGAGGCCUCGGGGGCGCUCCGAGGCGGUCGCCCACCGGCCAGCACGCUCCGCAGCCCCCUGGCUUGGGCUCUGUGCCUUUCCUCACCUUUGAACCUGCCUGGGGAAGCCCGGAGGAUUACUGCCAUCUCUGCCGCCACCGCCAUCAUCGCUGCAGGAUUCUGUCUCGUUUAAGUUUUGCUCCCCGGCCGUCAGGCUCCCGCUUGUGUAUGAUUUCCAGUGUUCUUGGCUGGGGUGGGCGGGGGCAGAGGCUGUGCCAAGCCAGUCCCAAAGCUCGGUGUUCCAGAAUGCGUUGGGGAAGGGAGCCGUUCGCCCGCCACAGCGGGGGCAGAGGUGGAGACCCUGGAGAAAGGAAGCUGCCUGGCCCCCAACUUUCUACAAUUAUAGUUUUUAAAUAUUUUUGUACCUUUUCUUUUUCACGGUGAACCAUUGGAACUCUGAGCCGCCACCUGCAGCUUUCCAGCAGGAGCUUUUCCCGCUCUGUUCUGCAGCC